AUGACGAAGCGCCGAAGAAUAGUCCAAGCUGACAAAAUUAUUCAAAAUGUUAUUCAUGUGUUUUGUUUGUUGAUGUUUUUGCAAUUAAAAGGUUAUUAUUCGGUAGCUAAUAAUCCCGUUUUGUUAUAUUCUACCGCAACAGACAUAAGAAUUUUAAAUUCAUCGAAACCUGGUAAAGUUAACUUGAUAAUUAAAGGCUUAGAACAAGGCUCUGCUGUUGAUUUUUUGUAUGUGAAAAAUUUAAUAUGUUGGUCUGAUCAAACUGCAGAAUUGAUACAAUGUAUGAAUUAUAAUGAAACAUUUUCGGGUGAAAAAGAAAGAAUUGUAUCAGAAGGAUUGAUCACACCAACCGGUAUUGCAAUAGAUUGGUACACAGAUAAAAUAUAUUGGACAGAUGGUGAAACUAACAGAAUAGAAGUUAUUAGCAUAGAUCAGAAAUAUAGAAAAGUAUUAUUUUGGUCCGAAGUUGAUUUAGCAAGAGCAAUUGCUGUUGUUCCAAAACAGGGAUUAAUGUUUUGGACUGACUGGGGUGAGAUACCUAAAAUAGAACGAGCUGGUAUGAAUGGGGAUCCAUCCUCUCGUAAAGUAAUUGUUAAAGACAAUAUAUUUUGGCCAAAUGGGAUCACAGUGGACUACAACAAUAAUGUAAUAUAUUGGGCAGAUGCAAAAUUACAAUUUGUAGAUAUGAUAGAUUUCAAUGGUGAAAACAGAAACAGAAUUGUAAAAGGAGGAUUGGAAUAUCCGUAUGCACUUACAUUUUUCAAUGAUAAGCUUUAUUGGACUGAUUGGAAAACUUGGACAAUUUACACUUGGGAUAUUUCUACAAAUGGCCCCAUAAAAGAAGUCAUAAAAUCUGACCCAGUACCAGUUGAUAUCAAAGUGUUUGAUGAAAAUCGACAGUUAAUGCCUACAGAAGAUCAUCCAUGUAAAUAUAACAAUGGGGGGUGCUCUCAUCUGUGCCUUUUGUCUCCUUCCCCACCAGGCUAUGUUUGUGCCUGCCCUACUGGUGUAAAGUUAAAGGAAGGCAGCAACACAACAUGUUACAAAACGCCACAGUCCCUGCUGUUGAUUGCCCAGCGCUCCAUCAUAUCCAAGAUCUCUUUAGACUCUCCCGACUUCACACCUUACACAGUGCCUUUGAAGGAUCUCAAAAGAGCUUUGACUGUAGAUUUUGAUCCAAAGACUGAAUAUAUGUAUUGGGCUGAUAGCUUAUCCAAAACAAUAUCACGCGCGCGUCUCGAUGGAAGCGAGCAAUCUGUAGUGGUACACAGUAGCGGUGUCCCGGAUAGCAUAGCAAUCGAUCCGCUUGCCAGAAACAUCUACUGGACCGACCCUGUUACAGACACCAUCAGUGUUGCCAGACUUAAUGGAAGCUGCAAAAAAGUUGUUAUUCACGACGAACUUUACGAUCCCCGAGCCAUAGCUCUACAUCCUACCGCCGGUUGGAUGUUCUGGUCGGAUUGGAACGAGAAGAAACCGAAAAUUGAACGCGCAAACUUAGACGGAUCUGGGAGGAUAUUAUUAGUAUCGGAAAAAUUGACCUGGCCUAAUGGGAUCGCAUUGGAUACUGUCAAUAAUAAGUUGUAUUGGGGAGAUGCUAGAACACACAAAAUUGAGGUUUGCAAUAUGGAUGGCACUAAUAGAAGAGAGCUCCACAAUAGCGACAUUUUACACAUAUUUGGUUUAACUCUACUGGGUGAACAUUUAUACUGGACAGACAUGCAGAGACGAACUUUGGAUAGAAUUAACAAAGAUACAGGACUUGAGAGACAACCUGUUGUGGAACAAAUGGCGAAUAUGAUGGGUGUAAAGGCGUUUCGUUUGGGCGAAAAACUAGGAAGUAACAGAUGUAGUGAUAACAAUGGUGGCUGCUCCCAUCUAUGCUUCAACAGGCCCAAAGAUUAUGUAUGCAGUUGUCCAUUAGGUUUGGAACUACGAAACGACAGGAAAACUUGUAUAGAGCCGGAUGCAUUCCUUGUGUACAGUCGGAAAAAUAUCAUUGGUCGGAUUAGUAUUGAGAAUGAAAAUAAUGACGCUGUACUGCCAGUGAAAGAGUUAAAAGAAGUAAGUGCGUUAGCAGUACAUGUGUCCGGUGCUAAAAUAUACUGGUCAGACAGUAAAACGAAAACUAUAAACCGUUGCGCCAUUAACGGCUCUAAUAUGGAGAAGAUUCUGGAGUGGAUGGGAUUAGUAGAAGGCUUAGCUAUAGAUUGGUCCGCACAGAACAUCUACUGGACGGACACGGCCGCACAACGAAUCGAAGUGGCGCGGCUCGAUGGUUCCAGUCGCCGCACUUUGCUCUGGCAGGGCCUCAAGAAACCUAAGAGCAUUGUGCUUGAUCCAAAGAAAGGGUAUAUGUACUGGUCUGAAUUAGGCUCUAAAAAUAUAAAACGUGCCGCAAUGGACGGUUCUUCACCAACAGUGUUCAUUGAGCAAGUAGGUCGUGUCCACGCUCUAGCCAUAGACUAUGAGAGGCGAACAAUUUACUGGGCUGCUUUGGACCCACCAGUAAUAGAAUACGCCUUCCUAAACGGAACUGGACGUCGAAUUUUAGCCAGUAACAUCUCUAUGCCAUAUGCACUCACCUUGUAUGGCGAUCGUGUUUUUUGGGGUGAUUGGAAUACCGGUGUGGUCGAAACGGCAUUAAAAAGGGACGGCAGCGAGCGCAGGAGCAUCCACGGCUCGCUGGACUACAUAUCGGACCUGAAGGUGUUCUGGCGCGGGCGCGAGGCGGAGGGCGGGCAGUGCGGCGCGGACAACGGCGGCUGCGCGCACCUGUGCCUGCCGCGCGCGCACGACUUCCGCUGCGCCUGCCCCACGCACUACCGCCGCAGCCCCGACAACCUCACCUGCACGGAACCAGAAGAAUAUCUUCUGUUUGCACAAAAGAAUGCGAUAGGACGCGUUUUAGUUGCGGCCGGCGAGUGUAACGACGCUUUUAUACCAUUGACUGGACUAAAGAGUGUCAAGGCAAUCGAAUAUGAUCCAGUAAAUAAGCAAGUAGACCUUUUAAAUCUUUACUGGAUAGACGAUGAGUCCCAUGCAAUCCGUCGAGUGCCCAUUUCUUAUUCGACUACAUCAGCCAUCACAGAUUCGACUCCUGUUAUAACCGGGCUUACAAGGCCCUUCCACAUGGUUUUAGACGUGAUAGGACAAGCGUUGUACUGGACUUGCCUAGACAGUGACUCUAUCAACGCAACCUCCAUAGUAAAUGGUUCAUUAACAGGAGUAAUUUUAAGAGGAGAGAAAAUGAUGCCAAGACAUUUGGGUUUUCAUCAAACCAAGCGACUACUAGUAUGGAACGACGUGGGCUUGGGCGCGAUAAUGCGUGCGAGCGUGGACGGAACCUCCCGCGCUGAGCUCGCCGGAGCCACCAACGCGACGGCCCUCACUGUCGACCAAGCGUCCGGUACAGUGUACUGGGCGGUUAACAGACAGAUACACGCUGUCGACUUAGAUGGAACUAAUAAACGCGUGGUUUGGCAAGGCGGGUGGGUGGGCGCGCUGGCGUCGUACGGCGGCGCGCUGUACUUGAGCGGCGGCGAGCGCGCGUUGAUGCGACUGCCGCUGCACCGCCGCGACGCGCCCGCCGCGCCCGUGCCGCACCUCGCGCGCCUCGUCGCGCUGCUGCCCGUCGCCAAGGUGGCGCGCGACCACCCGUGCUGGUCUGGCGGCGGCGAGGCGGGGGCGGGCGCGUGCGGGCUGGCGCCGGGCGCGUGCGGCGCGGGCGGCGCGUGCGGGUGCGCGCUGCGCUGCGCGCCGCCGCCCGCCUGCGCUCCGCACCACCUGCCCUGCGCGCGCGCGCCGCGCUGCAUCCCCGCCGCCUGGAGAUGUGACGGCACGGUGGACUGCCCGGACGGGUCGGACGAGGGUCCUGAGUGCGGGUCGUGUGCGGGUGGGCUGCGCUGCGCCGAUGGCUCGUGCGCCGCCGCGCUCGGCGCCUGUGCCGCUGGCGCCUACUGCGCCGCGCCGCUGCCCGCCGCCUUCCGCUGUGAUCAACGUCUGUGCCUAGCGCCACAGUUGCUAUGUGAUGGUAGACUGCACUGCGAGGACGGCUCAGAUGAAUUACCCUCAGCAUGUGGUUAUGGUCAAAAAGAACCGACGGUGAUCGCGGAGACGUCGGGGCGGCGGUCGCGCGCGCUGGCGGUGUGCGGCGCGCUGGCGUGCGCGGGCGCGGGCGUGGCGGGCGCCUGGGCCGCGCUGCGCCGCUGCCGCCGCGCCCGCGCCCGCCCGCCGCCCGCGCGCCCGCUCGUCGCGCUCAAGCCGCCGCCGCCGCGCUCGCGCCCGCUCGGCGCCAGCUGCUCCGAUUCGUUCGACGAUUGCGCGACGGAGAGCCUGUGCGAGCGCUACCCGCGGCCCACCGCCAACCCGCCGCCCAGCCCGGCCACGGCGAGCAGCGGCAACGCGGGGGCGGGCGCGGGCGCGGGCGCGGGGCGGCGCCGCGCCUACCGCCACUACCGCGCCAUGAACCGGCCGCCGCCGCCCACGCCCGUCUCCACCGACGCCUGCGAGUCCGAGCCCGAGCCCGCCGCGCGCGCGCCGCCGCCCUCUCCCGCGCCGCUCGCCUACUGA